AUGACUAAUGAUCCUGACAUUCUAAAGAACUACAUCACCACCCUAACGACGGAUAACCUGAAUCUUUGUGCUGAAAAUAUGUCUCUUCGUGCAACAAUAUCAAACCAUGAAUCUAAACUACUUCGCCUUGAGAACAAGAUCAACAACCUUGAACAACAGCUAACAUCAUCUGGCACAACUGAUUUUGGCAAGACCCUCCAAUCAGUCAUAGCCAAUAACAGUUAUGUUAAAACUGAUACAGUGAACAUAAAAAUUAUUAAUAAAAUUGAUUAUUACCAUUUUUCAGAGCCAUCUGCAAUUGGUCUUAUUAUUCAGUUCAUAUACAACAGCAUCAAGAGAACUGAGGGAAAUAAUGAGGUGGAGACAGUGGAUGUUUCAACACAAGAAAGUAACAAGAAGAAAAAUGCUCUCUCAGUGCUAGCUCUCAAAACAGCAGCUCACUUGAACUGGAACUUAGAAAUCUUUGAGCAAAAAUUGCCUCUGCAUAUGCAAGAUGCACUCCUUAUUGCACUUCUUCAUGAAACUCUGGAGGAGCUGAGCAGUCCAACAACACACGGGACCUUGGACACUGGACCCUUGCUGCCUUACCAACUGUUCAGUGUUGCUUUGUAUCAUCGCUAUGCUCUGAGAGCACUUGUCCAGGCUAAGUUGCCAGCCAAGCCUAUCAAGGUCUCCAAUGUUCCAAUGUAA